AUGCAAUAUUUAAAUUUGUUCAUACAACCAAUACCAAACACAGUAGUAUUUCCAUACUCUAGUUUGUAACUCUAUGAUGUGGAUUGCUAUAUUCAAUUAUUACAUUCUCAAUACAUCGGAUUGGUUUCAUAAAUCAAUGACAACCAGCCCAAUGUUCAAACUAUAUCAUAAUAUAGUUAAUAUGGCACACUUGUGCAUGUAACAACAAAGCAAGAUGAGUCAUCCAAUUUUUGCAAUGCCUUUGCAUUCGCCAGAUUUAGAAUAAAUUCGUUUUGCCAGGUUUCACCAUUCUUAAUAGCUAAUGUUGAAAUACUGAAUGAUGAGAUCAAAACCGACGAUACUGAAAUCUUGAGUACAUUUAAAGAGGCGGUUAAAAUCUAUAUGGAAAACUUCUCCCUUUUACCCAAUGCUCUGUUGAAGCAAAAGAUAGACGAAGAAAACAACAUCGUCAAAUUAUAAUAUCAAGUGGCUAACAGAAUUUAAAUUCCAUUCAACCAAAAACUUAGAUUGCUAUAAAUGAACGAUAACAGAGAAAGAAUAUCAACUAUGAUUUAAUAUUUGAAUCACAAAAUGACCUAAUAUUCAACAAGCAACGAAUUAGAGCAAAUAUUUAAGCAGGAACUUAUGUCUGAAAUGCAAAAUAAUGGAGAAAACUUAAUUAAUUAAACUGAAUAAAUUAUUCCAUAAAUGCAAGAAUAAGAACUGGAUUACUAAUAACAAUAUGUUUAGUCAUUGCCAUGGCAAAUCCUACAUCCAGAAGCUGUAAGUAUAUCUGAAUGCAAACAAAUUUUGGACCAGAGACAUUAUGGAUUGGACUUGGCUAAACAGCCAAUUAAAUUUUUAACAAAAUCUACUGGAUCUAUACUUUGUUUACAUGGUCAUCCUGGAGUGGGAAAGACAUCAUUAGCUUAGAGCAUAGCUGAAUCCUUGGGGAGACCUUUUCAAAAGAUUUCAUUAGGCGGAGUAUCAGAUGAAGCAUAAAUAAGAGGUCAUCGAAAGACUUAUGUGGGAGCAUAGGCAGGAAUGAUUAUGGAAGCAAUAAAGAAAGCCAAGUGUGUAAAUCCAGUCAUCUUACUUGAUGAGAUCGACAAGAUUAAUUAAUACACUGUUGGUUCAGCCUUGUUAGAGGUCUUGGAUCCAGAAUAGAAUAAAUGUUUUAUGGAUAAUUAUGUGAAUGAGGAAUUCAAUUUGAGUUAAGUUCUGUUCAUUUCAACAGCCAAUUACAUAGAAUCUAUAUAACCAGCAUUGAGGGACAGAUUGGAGAUGAUUGAGAUCCCAUCCUACACAAUUGAUGAGAAGGAGAAGAUUGCAAUUUAACAUUUGAUUCCUAAAUAAUUGGAGCUUAAUGGGAUUGAUGGGAAAGUAGAAUUUCAAUAUUUAAUAACAAACUAUACCAAUGAGAGUGGAGUGAGAUAGUUAGAGAGAUAAAUAAAUUCUAUUUUAAGAAAGAUUGCACUUCAACAAGUAAGAGGGAACAGGAAGGGAUCUUACAAUAUUAAUAAGGGAUUUGUCAAUUAAUGUUUGGGGGAAUCCACAAUUAUCUACAAGAACAUCAGAUUAUAGAGUGUUGGAAUGUGCAAAGGGUUGAAUGAUGGAAUGAACAUAUUGGAAAUCAUCAAAACAAAGGGAUAAGGCAAUCUAUUUUAGUAAUCUAAGGAUCAAUAUAUUGUUGAAUAAGGAAUUACUGCAUAAUCUUAUUUAAGGAAUUGUUUCAAACACAUUUAAUUUUAAAAUUGGGACGUUACUGUUGCAAACUAGAAUUGUUUGGGUGUUUGUGUUGCUGUGGCAAUGGUGUCAUUAUUUAUGAAUAAGAAAGUGAAAUCAAGUGUUGCAUUUGCAGGAGAGUUAAGUCUCAAAGGAUCUAUUUUUAGACAGUACAAUCUGAGAGAUAGCAUCAUUUAGGCAGCAGAAUCUGGAGUCGAGAGCAUCAUUAUUCCAUCUUAGAAUGUGGGGGACAUUUAGAACUUAGAACCUUCUAUUAAAAAGAGAAUUACAUUAGUUGAUCACAUUGAGGAGGUAUUCCAAUUGGCGUUUGAAGAUGGAUUUACUUACUAACACUACCCUAACUUAUGA